AUGCGUGCAUUAUCCCACGCGCUUCCCACCCCUCGCUCCCCCCCCACCCCGCCUUCCUCUCCCACCCUCUCCCCCGCUUUUCCUCCCGCUCCUCCCUCCCGCUCCCCUCCCUCUUUCUCUCCCCUGCCUUUUCCCCCAUCCUCCUCUCACCCCACCACACCCAACAACGGCAAGCCCUGCACCCUAGUGGGAGUGGUGGGGCCACUACCAGACGCCAUAGGGAACCUUCCUUCACUCUCCUUCCUAUCCAUUGUCAGCAACCUGACGAGCCUUCCCUCCACCCUUGUUCAGCUCAGCUCCACACUCACGGCUCUCCAUUUGGGCUUUAACAACCUAGCUGGAACCUUCCCUUCCGUUGCGUUGCGGCUGUUGCAACUGCGCACACUCAAUCUCGCUCAGAACCAGCUUACAGGAAACAUCCCCACUGGCCUCGCAAGACUUUCCCGCCUGGCUUUCCUCCGUUUGGAUGGCAAUCAGUUUACAGGCCCCAUUCCCUCGCAGCUCUACUCCCUCACCAACAUCUCUUACCUCUCUCUCCGUUCCAACCGUCUCUCUGGCAGCAUUGCACCGCAAGUGUCUAAUUUUAAGGCCCUGCAACUGCUGGAUUUGAGAGACAACAUGCUGACGUCAUCCAUCCCAUCCACCCUGCCUGCAUGUGUCAAGCUCUUCUGGCUCUAUCUGAGCAACAAUCGACUCACGGGUUCAAUUCCUGCCGCCAUCGGCAAACUAUCCAGGCUUAGAUUCCUGCUGAUAGAUUCUAACCGCCUCUCUUCAUCUCUGCCUGCCUCCCUCUCUGCUCUCUCCCUGCUCUCCCACCUCGAUGCCAGCAACAAUACUCUCACCGGCCCCAUCCCUCCCGGCCUUGGCGAGCUCUCCUACCUCGCUUAUCUCCAAUUGGAUCGCAACAACCUAGUGGGCGAGAUCCCACCCACCUUGGUCAACCUCCCUUACCUCUUUCAAUUGGACCUCUCGCACAACCAGCUAGUAGGCUCGGUACCGGACAUCUUUCCCCCAGGCAACGAGUUGAACACUGUGUGA